AUGGGGGACGUUCUGGCUCAUGAAUCAGAAUUACUUGGACUAGUGAAAGAGUAUUUAGAUUUUGCCGAAUUUGAAGACACCUUGAAAACAUUUUCAAAAGAAUGCAAAAUAAAAGGAAUACCGUUAUCUAAAUCAGCAUGUGGCUCUUUAAGGGACUCCCAAUCAUCGAUAAUCCAGAAGGACCUCCUUGCUGCGUUUGACAGUGGAGACCAGAAGGUGUUCUUCGAUUUGUGGGAGGGGCACAUUCCCAGUUCCAUCCGGGCUGGCGACUCCCUCGCCCAGAAGUUGGAAUUCUACCUACACAUCCAUUUUGCCAUCUAUCUUCUGAAACACUCCACAGGGAGGCCUGACAAAGAGGAACUGGAUGAAAGGAUUUCUUAUUUCAAAACCUACCUGGAGACCAAAGGGGCAGCGCUGAGCCAGACCACGGAGUUUCUCCCUUUCUAUGCCCUGCCUUUUGUUCCCAAUCCCAUGGUACACCCCUCAUUUAAAGAGCUUUUCCAGGAUCCUUGGACUCCAGAAUUAAAAUUGAAGUUGGAAAAGUUUCUGGCUUUAAUUUUUAAAGCCAGUAACACGCCGAAGCUUUUAACAUUAUAUAAGGAGAAUGGACAGAGCAACAAAGAAGUGUUGCAGCAGCUCCACCAGCAGCUGGUAGAAGCUGAGCGUAGGUCAAUGACGUACUUGAAACGGUACAAUAAGAUCCAGGUGGACUACCACAAUCUCAUCGGAGUCACAGCAGAGCUGGUGGAUUCUCUGGAGGCCACAGUCAGUGGCAAGAUGAUCACCCCCGAGUACCUGCAGAGCGUCUGCGUCCGCCUCUUCAGCAACCAGAUGCGUCAGAGCCUGGCGCGCAGCGUGGACUUCACAAGGCCCGGCACGGCUUCAACCAUGUUAAGAGCCUCCUUGGCACCCGUGAAGUUGAAGGAUGUCCCAUUACUGCCCUCCUUGGAUUAUGAGAAACUGAAGGAGGAUUUGAUUUCGGGGAGUGACCGCUCGAAAGCCUUCUUGUUGCAGGCUCUGCGCUGGCGCUUGACCACAUCGCACCCUGGAGAGCAGAGGGAGACCGUUCUGCAGGCCUACAUCAGCAACGACCUCUUGGACUGUCACAGCCAUAGCCAGAGGAGUGUGCUGCAGCUGCUGCACUCAAAGAGCGAGGUGGUACGGCAGUACAUGGCCAGGCUCGUCAACGCUUUUGCAUCCCUGGCAGAAGGUCGCCGCUACCUUGCCCAGAGCACAAAGGUGCUGCGGAUGCUGGAAGAAAGGCUGAAGGAGGAAGACAAGGACGUCAUCACCCGGGAGAAUGUUCUCGGGGCCUUGCAGAAGUUCAGCCUCAGGCGCCCACUGCAGACAGCAAUGAUUCAAGAUGGCCUCAUCUUCUGGCUGAUUGACGUCUUGGAGGAGCCUGACUGCCUGUCAGACUACACGCUCGAGUACUCGGUGGCCCUGCUCAUGAACCUCUGCCUCCGGAGCACAGGGAAGAACAUGUGUGCCAAGGUGGCGGGCCUCGUGCUGAAAGUUCUUUCGGAUCUGCUCGGCCAUGAAAACCGCGAGAUACAGCCGUAUGUGAAUGGAGCUCUGUACAGCAUCCUUUCUGUCCCGUCCAUUCGUGAAGAAGCAAGAGCAGUGGGAAUGGAAGACAUCCUUUGCUGCUUCAUCAAAGAAGGCAAUGCCGAAAGGAUCCGCCAGAUUGAAUUUAUCAUCAAGCAGCUUCAUUCAGAAGAGCUACUGGACGGUGUUCUUGAAUCUGAUGAUGAUGAAGAUGAAGAUGAUGAAGAGGACCAUGACAUUAUGGAAGCCGAUCUGGACAAAGAUGAACUGAUCCAGCCCCAGCUUGGAGAGCUCUCAGGCGAGAAGCUUCUGACCAUGGAGUACUUGGGAAUCAUGACCAACACAGGGAAGGCGAGGCGGAAGGGCGCGGCCGGCGUGCAGUGGGGCGGCCCCGAGCCCCUGCGCCGGCCCAUCACUCCCGGCGGCCACAGGACCGGGUACCCAGCGCUGGAAGACCAUCCCAUCUCUCCGCAGAUGGCCAAAUAUGCCAGAAACAGCUGCCUCCCGUCUCUGCCAAAUGCCCACCGUCCAGUCUGCAAGGGGGUCAUGCCUGGUCAUGAGCCUUGCACUUCCUCCUCAUCCGCCAUCGAUGCCAAGUCGGGAGAGUGGUUGCCAGCAGGACGUCAGGGAGAGCCUCACCUGCCCCCAGCGGGGGGCCCGAGCCAGCCUAGGGAGGUGCCCUGUGCCCUGGACAGUGGUGAGACCACCAGGGAGUUUACACCAGGCUUCGCCUACAAGCCCCGGGCCCCCUGCAGCCCGGAGAUCCUGGACCUGAACCCACCCAAGGCCAAGGCAUCGGCUCUGGCCCCUCAUUUCUCCUCGUGUGGCCCACAGCAGGCCAGCCGCCCCGGCCCCACGGCGUCCGCCACGAGGAGCCUGCAAACUUGCCCGGACUUUCCUCUCCAGGCAGCCAGUCUUCCAGGAAGUGAGGAUGGGUUCUUCCCCGGUGUCACCAUCCCGUUGCCCGGCGACCAGCCAACUUCCUGCCCUCGGCCAGCCAGCAGCUGCAGGUGA